GAUAGUGCCAGCGAUGUUUUGACAGCUCUAAUUCGGAAGGGCUUUGCUUUGUUUUGCAAAUUCCAAGCGGAGCUGAGGCUGUGACAGAUUGCGGGUGCGAGUCGCGGAGCAGCAUUGCGUCAUCAUCCGCUCCUGGCCAGAAAAGAGCUCGGGGAAAAUAGCAGGCGCAAGCCAACGCUCCCGGCGACGAGGACAAGAAGGAGGACGACGACGGACCAGAAGAGGAGGAGGAGGCGGUGGCCGAGUCACGGGACCUGGACGACAUGGCCAGCACCACUGGGAGUGCUCCCAGCCUGGGAGCCGGCAGCGGGGCUGGUGGAACAAGUGGACCUAGUGGAAAUGGUGGCACACUGGAGGGCACACUGAGCAAGUGGACCAACGUGAUGAAGGGCUGGCAGUAUCGCUUUUUCGUUCUGGACGAGAACGCCGGACUGCUGUCCUACUACACGUCGAAGGAGAAGAUGAUGAAGGGCGUAAGGCGGGGAUGCGUGCGCUUGAAAGAAGCACUGAUCGGGAUCGACGACCAGGAGGAUAACACGUUCACAAUCACCGUGGACCACAAGACCUUCCACUUUCAGGCGCGGCACACCGAGGAGCGGGAGCAGUGGGUGCGCCGACUGGAGGACACCAUUCGACGCCACGCGAACCGUUCGCGUCUGUGGGACAGCCAGAGCGCCUACUACAACGCCGGUGGCUACACGAGGGAAGGGGGCGGAACCGGAGUAGGCGGAGUGGGCGGCAGACGACCCAACCACCUGGAGCUGGUGGCGCGCCGCGUUUCCGAGGCGGAUGCCUACCUCCAGCUGAUGAUUGAGCAGACGAACUUGCUGGACAAACGCAUCGCGGAGCUGACCGAUCCGGCGGAGCAGUCCAAGUGCAAGGCACUGCAGGACAACGCAAGUGCCAUGCUGGAUCACAUUAAGCACUCGAUUGUCAGCCUGCAGAUUGCCAAAAACAUGGCCCACCCCAUCAACGGAAUCUACAAUGGCCCUCCGGCCACUGCCUCGACCAGUUCCUCGGCCAGUGGAGCUGCCACCACGGGCAGCAGCAACAACAUCCAGGCAGGUGGCCUGAAGGUGCCCCUGGAGGGCCAAGGGGGCGGGAAGGGCGACCUGUGCGACGACGAGGACGAUUCGGCCACUGAGAACGCCACCACCGCUCCUCUGGGUCUGGUUGUGCCGGAGACCUCCUACUCGAGCAGCGAGGGCGAGGAUGACUUCUACGAUGCCCACGACGAUCCCUUCACCAGCCUUGGCAGCUCCCCGAUUGGCUGCGCCACCCGCGGCUUCUCGGAAACCACAUCCCCCUCCCACGAAAAGGGGCCGGAUGGCUUCUCCAACGCCGAGCCAAUGCCUUUGGGCGAGUCAGUUGCCCCCCAAACGCUGCCAGAGAUCGAGGAGAGCGUGGCCGAUGCGGACACCAGCAUUAAGACAUCCAGGACCGCUGCAAGUUCCCGAAGUGCCAGCUACGACAAUGGAAUAGACUACGACGCUCUGUACGAGGAGGAGGAAGAGACGGACCUCAGCAUGGAGGCGCACGGCUCGAUGAUUACGCACCUGCUGUCGCAGGUCAAGAUCGGCAUGGACCUCACAAAAGUGGUGCUGCCUACGUUCAUCCUGGAGCGCCGCUCGCUGCUGGAGAUGUACGCCGAUUACUUUGCCCAUCCCGACCUGUUUUUAAAAAUCUCGGAUUUGGAUGAUCCGCGCGAUAGAAUCGUCCAGGUCUGUCGCUGGUACAUGAGUGCUUACCAUGCGGGACGCAAAAGUGCAGUAGCCAAGAAGCCCUACAAUCCAAUUUUGGGAGAAGUCUUUCAGUGCCAUUGGGACAUUCCUGGGGAGACCCAGGAUGCUCAGGAGGUGCGCGACGGCCCAGUGCCUUGGUGCAAGCGGGAUCAGCUCACCUUCUUAGCGGAACAGGUGUCGCACCAUCCGCCAAUUUCUGCCUUCUAUGCGGAGCAUUACAAUAAGAAAAUCACAUUUGCGGCCCAUGUCUGGACCAAGUCGAAGUUCUUGGGGCUCUCGAUUGGAGUCCACAACAUUGGCGAAGGGGUAGUCACCCUGGUGGAUCGCAGCGAGGAGUACAUAGUGACCUUCCCCAACGGCUACGGAAGGUCCAUUUUAACGGUGCCUUGGAUUGAGCUGGGCGGCUCGGUGGAGAUCAAGUGCCCGCAGUCGGGCUACUACGCCAACGUGGAGUUCCUCACGAAGCCCUUCUAUGGCGGCAAGCGCAAUAGAGUCUCCGCCGAGGUCUACGCGCCAAGCGAAAAGAAGCCUUUUGUCUCGAUUGCCGGCGAGUGGAGUGGUUUGAUGGAGGCCAAGUGGCACGAUAAAAACAAAACCGAAGUAUUCGUCGACGUAAAUCGCAUACCCAUAUUUAAGAAACAAGUUCGACCAAUCGUUGAGCAGGAUGAGUACGAAUCGCGACGCGUUUGGAAGGAAGUGACAGCGGGACUCAAGUUCAACGACAUCGAACGCGCCACCACAGCCAAAUACGUGGUGGAGCAGCAGCAGCGUGAACAGGCAAAGGUGCGCAAGGAUUACGACCUGGCCUGGGAGCACAAGCACUUUAAACCUGUGGGCGACAACUGGAUAUACGCCAAGCCGCUGAGCCAGCGCAUGUAUCUGCAGGAGAAGGAGGCCAAGAGAUAAUGCCAGCGACUGACAUCGAGAGCAAGAACACCAAAAACGUCUAUAUAUAUGGAUCAUAUCAAGAACGAGCCUCAACUAUAUGUUUAAUUCCACAAGUGCGCAAACCUCUGAACACUGACGAUACAACGUAACGAAUGCAGGAAACGAUAGAGCAACAAGUAAAAGGAGGAGGACGAGGCCUCCAGUGUCUGUUUAUUAAUUGUAAAUAAUAUACACGAAUAUCCAGGCGGCGAAACAGAAGGAAAGCUCUGCUCAUAAGGUUGCAAAGCGAGUCAAGCUCGACGGAUCAGCUUAGACAGACAAAGCAAACAACACUCACAGUUUCUACACACAAUUAACGAUUAUUAUUUACUACUAAGUACUAGUGUGUUUCAAAGGCAAUCGCAGUAAACUGCAACACAAGAACACCUAUUCAAUACCUUUUACAUUACUAACAUUUACUAACUAGCAACAAAGAAAGAAAACCAAUAUAUAAUGGGAUAUAUCAAAAGUUGUAGAUUACGAAAUGAUAGAGAUUUAAGGAUAGAAAUUCUAUUUUUGAAAUAAAAGACUCUGCUAUAGACGAAAUACAAUACCGACACGCUAGUAUCUGAAGGAUACUGCCUCUACGCUUGAUUCCAAGACCCCAACAGACAUACAGAACACGGUGCACAAUGACUUUCCGAUCGCAUAGUUUUAAAAUCAAAUACGAUUAUACAAUUACCUCUAGUAUUAUGUUUCGAAUUCCACUUGUCACAAUGAAUAAAGCUUUACUAACAGUCCGCUGCUAACAAUUCCUCAAACACCUGUACACUAUACUGUAAUAAAACGCAAAUGAAACCCACACUCCUUGAGACAUUUAAAACUAAACUUUAACUUUACUUUAAAGCCUACGAGCCAGAAAGACAACACCACCCACACCCACAGCAAAGCUACCGAAUACUCUCACGCAAAGUUAACGCAAAAUGAAACGAAUAAAGUAAAUACGCUUCGAUAUUUAUUUAAAGUAAUAUUUAACGGAAUAGUUAACCCGUAGAAUAGACGAAUAGAAAUCCCGAGGGCCUUAAUUGGAAUCCGUAUCCAUGCCCGGGUGCACAGAACUUGUAUAUAUUUUUUCGAUUUCCUUUUUAACCAAACGAGAAAUAUAGCAAAUACCCCAAACAGAUUGAGUGUAACGGAUAUGAUACGAUUAUUGCAAAUAAAGCGAUUUGUUCUUACAGCA